GCUCAUUAGGUUCUUUGCGCACUGCUUGGUCAACGAGAGAAAACUCCAGCUCUUCUUUAUGGCCCAAGGCCAUGCUGCCCACGAGGGUAUAUCUUGGAUUCCUGCUUGGGAGACGCAAAAAUCCUGGGAACAGGUAUUCGUGGAGCCAUCCGAGCUGGCGUAUAAUCGCGAAUUCAAAAGCGGCGAUGCCGAGAAUCGUUCGUAGAAACCGGAAGUACGAUGAUUCCAUGAGAAGAGGAUUUCAUGUCGCCAUGUCGAGCGGAGCCACAAGGCUUCCUGUUAACAGACGAAUAGCUGAAUUCAAGGCGGGAUCGCUCAUUCCAUUUGGGAGUGACUUUUCCCAAAUUUAUCCUUGGCAUCGGGAUAUCACUGUCGAUUCCAACACGGGAUCCAUCUCGCUGUGGCUGAUAAGGCUAGCACCCGUCGGCUCGGCUCAUAUUGAGGCACUAGAAGAGUUCGUCGAUGACUUGACUCUGUACAGGAUCAACUCUGGCCCAGGUCAGUCGUUUUUGAUUGGGAGCCAUCACUCACUCGAUAGAUUGCUAAAACAAGAUGACGAGCAUUUUGCCCCGGAUCCUGAAAGAAGCCUUGGCAGCUCCGAGUCAGACCAGCUCGUCUUCAUGGUUCUCAGAAAACGGGGUGACGGAUUGUACCGACUGACGAAUUGUUUCUCGUAUUUGUGUUUCUGCCCUAUGCCAUCGCCGACUCCCUAUAAAGAACCCCGAUUUCUCAACGAGCUCCAAGAAAGCGUACAGGUAGCGCAGAGAAAGAGAGAUUUACAGUACAAGUUGAACCCACCGGUGUGCGAAUGCGGAUUGGGAGCCAUUUUAACCUACUUAGGCAUUCUAUGUCCCUUUCGGCUGGCUUUCCCCGAAAACGAGGAUACGAAACUAGGUCACGGGUUGCCAAUUUUUACUGGUCAUGAAAGCUUUGAACGGUUGCAAGAGAACGAGGUUUGCGCUAGACGUCGACAACAAGUUAUAGAGAACUACCUUGAGUUCGGGUUUGAGAUCGAUUUUGCAACUCAGCAGGGCAACAACGGAGGCCGGGUAGAAUGUGUACAUGAUGGCUUUCCUUCAAGAAUGGAGUGGGAAUGGCGCAGGACCGGGGAGGAAAAUAGGUCACUUUAGCGGAGAGUUCCAGACUUGCAAAACAACGAAACUGAAGAGUAUCUAGAACUUCCGGGUGGGAUGAUGCGGAUUCAUCUGAGGUGCCGAGUAGAAGCGGUCAGGGAAGUCAUUGAUACUAUGGCCCGAGAAUUGGGCAUUACGGCGCUCUGGGAACCCCGAGUAUUCGGAGACACCUUCAAGGCCUUGAGAAAAACAUUCGCAGUAAAGUAAAGUAAAGUAAAGUAAAG